AUGCAUGCAUCUUUAUUUUGUUUUUGUUUUUGUUUUUGUUGUUGUUGUUGUUGUGUUUCGUAUAUAUGUAUAUAUAUAUAUAUGUCUGUAUCUCUAUCUCUAUCUCUCUCUCUCAUUUUCACUCCAUAUCAUUCUUCAAUUAUGUCAAGUCAUGUCUCAUCAUGUCUUGUCUCUUCCCCAUUUUAUUUUUCUCUUUUUUCGGUCUUGUAUUCGACCGCAAUUUGUUUGUUUGUUUGUUUUGGCACCUUCUUUUUUCUUUUUUUUUCUUUUUUUCUUUUGAAUUCUGUUAACCAUUCAAAAGAAGGAGUUUUUUUUUCUUCUUUGGAAGAAGGAGAAGGAGAAGGAAAGAAAAGAAAAGAAAAGGAAGAAAAAAAAAAGAAGGAUCAAAAAGAGAUCAGACAUGUACACAGUGGGACGUGGGGGAAAGGAAUAUUAGGCACGCAUUAA